GAUUGCCAUGGCAACCACGGGCAUGCAGUUACUGGGCCUGGUCCUGUCCAUCGUGGGAUGGGUGGGUGGGGCUUUGGUGUGUGCCAUCCCCCUGUGGCGUGUCACUGCCUUCAUCGGGAACAACAUAGUGACGGCCCAGAUCAUCUGGGAGGGCCUGUGGAUGACCUGCAUUGUUCAGAGCACCGGCCAGAUUCAAUGUAAGGUGUACGACAGCAUGCUGGCCCUGCCCAGCGACAUGCAGGCGGCCCGGGGCCUCACUGUGCUCUCUGUCCUGAUGUGUGGCAUGGCUCUGGCUUUAGGUGUGGUGGGGGUCAAGUGCACCAAAUGCAUAGGCCAGAACAGCCUUAAGGCUCGCGUCGCCCGCAUCGCUGGUGCCCUGUUUGCCAUCGCGGGGUUCCUCUACCUUGUGCCCAUCUGCUGGACUGCCCACUCCAUCAUCAGGGAUUUCUAUGACCCUCAUGUGGCAGCCCCACACAAGCGAGAGCUGGGCCCUGCCCUCUACCUGGGCUGGGGGGCAUCUGCCCUCCUUCUCAUUGGGGGCUCUCUGCUCUACGCCGGGUCCAGUCCUCCUGGUAUACCCGGCUCACCUACCUUUAGCAGCGACAGCAGCCCCCGCAGGGCACCAGCCGCACAGGUCAAAGGUUACGUCUGAGUCCCGAAACCCACCAGUCAGUUCCAAUGAAACCAUCCCUGACAACUGAAAAUUGAACCUAUUUUUUUCUCUGGCAGUACUCCUUUUAAUACUUUGAUAUUUAAUGUUAUUCAUUGUUGUUUUGUCAUUCAAAACGUUGUAAGAGUCUGUGGGGGGAAAUGUGAAGUCUUUUGGUUAUGUCAAACCUUGUGUACUCUGAUAACCCUUACUUGUCUGUCAGUGUAAAACACAAUAAAAUCUUCGGUCUACCAAUUCCAA